GAACAUAAUCUUAUUUCUUACCUCAAUCUUGGCUGCAAUACAUUCACCAAUGGCUUCCCCCCAAAACUUUAGCUUCGAAAGCCAAAUUUCCACUGAGCUUCUUAUAGCUCGCAUUAUGCAACUUCAUGAAAGCAUAUCCAAGCUCGGAUCGCUUAGGCCUUCGAAACAAGUCAAUAGCCUUUUCACUCAUCUUGUCAAACUUUGUACUCUCCCAUCAUCCAUAGACAUUCUGGCUUUACCACAAGAUGUUCAAAUUAUGCGCAAAAGUCUGAUUGAUCUAUGUGGCCGUGCUGAAGGCCUUCUAGAGCUUGAGUUCUCGACAUUCCUAUCCAAAGUUCCUCAACCGCUAAACAAUCUCAAUCUCUUCCCUUACUAUGAAAACUACGUCAAAUUAGCCAACAUGGAACAUGAAAUCCUUAUUGAAAACGGGGUCCUGCAACCCAAAAAUGUCGCCUUCGUGGGGUCUGGUCCAAUGCCUCUCACCUCCAUCAUAAUGGCUACCCAUCACAUGAAAUCUGGUCACUUUGACAACUUUGAUAUCGAUGAGAAGGCAAAUGAGGUUGCUAGCAGGAUUGUUGCUUCGGAUGCUGAGCUUGAAAAGAGGAUGAAAUUCAUGACAUGCAACAUAAUGCAUGUUAGAGAGGAGCUUGGGGAUUAUGAUUGCAUAUUUUUGGCAGCCCUUGUGGGGAUGAGCAGUGAAGAGAAAGUGAAGAUUCUUGGACACGUGAGGAAGUACAUGAAGCAAGGAGGCAUUUUGCUGGUGAGGAGUGCAAAAGGGGCUCGAGCAUUCUUGUAUCCCGUUGUUGAGGAGCGUGACUUGGUGGGCUUUGAGGUCCUCUCUAUCUUUCAUCCAACUAAUGAUGUGAUCAACUCAGUUGUUCUGGUGCGCAAGCCCACCAUUUAUUGCUGAGAAAUUUGGCAAGGGGUUCGUUCUUCUACAAGUAAUUGAUGGUAAUCGGAGAACUCUAGACUCCUCUGAAUUUCUCUUUGCUUUGCAUUGAUCUCAAUUAUCUGUGUUUAUUUUGGGUGUUCUUCUACAUUCAGUACGUUAUGUGUUUCGGAGGGUAGUUGUGUUUCUUUUCUACCGAGUCUGAAAUAACUGGAGAGCGAGCUACUUCUAUCUCCAGCUCUCUUUGUUGCCGACGUGUCAAUUUUUAAGCAUUUGCUUAUUGAAUGCCAUGCUGCAGGUUAUGUAUGACCAUCCGCUAUUCCUCUCAAUCCGUAAUUUCGAAAACGAAUUAU